CGCCGCGCGGGAGACUGGCGUGAAGCGCGUAGGGGCCGGAAGCAGCUGCGGAGAAGAUGAUCGGGGCGUCGAGUGGGGCUGGGCGGCAGCAGCAGCAGCAGCCGCGGGAGCUGGAUAACGGAUCUGUUUCAGAGAUAAUGCAGAGCAUGGAUGAUGACCCUUUUCUUGAUGCACCGCUCCUUCCACCUCAUGCAUUGUAUUCCAGGAUAUAUCGAAGGUUCUACACCAUACCUACAGUCUGCAUUGCCAAUAUUUUGCUGCUCACGCAUGUUGCUGUUGUUGUUUUGGCUUUUCUGGCAGGCAUAUUCUGCUCUUACCCUGAUGCAAGUGGAGAUAUGUGUCCUCAGCAUUACACUUAUCCACUUAAAGUGCAAACUGUUAUAGUUACCGCCAAAGUAAUUCUCUGGAUCCUGCAUCUGUUUCUCGAACGGUAUAUUCACUUCCACCAUAGCAAGGUCAGAAGGAAAGGCUACCUCCAGAUCUACAGAGUCACAAGGCAUCUUAAGAGAUUUCCACUCCUAAUUCAGUCUACAGGUAAUAUAGCUUUACUGCUGAUCUUGUCAGCGCAACAUUCCUUUCCUGAUCACAAUAAAAUGUAUCUCUGCUUCAUCCUGGGAAUCUUGAGCGUGGAGCUAUUAUGUUCGUUGAUAUGUGUGGUUGUCUACACAGUAAAGGUAAGCAACUUUAACCGGGCAAAACCAAGACCUGAUGUAAUAGAAGAAGAGCAGAUCUAUGCUUAUCCUAAUCACACUACCUCAGAAGUUGGAUUCAGGGAAGCCUCAAGCUUGGAAGAAGUAGUUGAAAAACAAGGAGAUGCGAUAGAAUACCUUAAACGACACAAUUCUCUACUGAGCCAGAAGUUGCUGGCUUUAACAUCCCAGUAGGGCAGUGGCUAGCAGUGGCCAGGAAACAGUGGCCAGACAGUGUUAAAAAUGGCGGACUAACUUGACUAUUGACUCGUCCUCUGACAGCAGCAAACACAUCACACAGUGACAGGUUUCCAGUCCUGGUUCUGAGCAGCUGUCGGACCUCAUCUGGCUCGGUGCUUAAAGCUGCUUGGUUUUUAAAGGACACUUUUAUUUUUGAGAUCCCCCACCCAAGAGAGCUGGCAUUAACCAGGGGGGAAAAACACCUCAAUCAGUUGUCUGUUUGGUUCUUUCAACUCUCUGAUUUGAAAGUGAUGCAGAUUUCCAAAGAUUUUAGUUGUCGUUUUGAAUGCCAUCUUUUUCCAAACCAGUAUGAAGCAAACUCCUGAGUAUCAAGUAUCAAAAUGUUAAUAUACUUUGGUAAUUGGUAAGGCAAUCAAUUAAGGAUCGUUAGUUUCUAUACUGUGGCUGCAAUGGAUGACCUCACAGCAGCAAAAUCCUGUAGGAAAGGCUGCUGGGUGUCACCACUGACUCCGGGAGACUUUCAGCAAUGUAAGUGCACUCAUAAUGACAAAUAGCAUCGUAAAUUCAGGGACUGAUCCAAAGGGGUAUGGAGACGACCCUUAGACAAGUGGGAAAGAGAAGUGAAGCUAGUCAGUAGCUGGUCCCAAGGCAAUUGUAUAGAUGACAUUUCAAGCAUCACUCCAGACAAGGAUGGCAAGAUCAGGCUGACAGUCUGAGAAGCCAGUUCUUCUGCUUUGUUCACGUGUUGCAUUAUCACAUGUUAUAAAUGCAAGUAUCUUCUUGUCAGCAAAUGGUUGCAUACUGAAAAUAUGUUUUUUCACUGCUGCCAGCUUUUUCUUUUUCUUCUUGCAAACGGGUUAUCCCUUCUGCUUAUGCUUCUCUGCUUGUCUUGUUACCUGGAAAUAAGUGAGAAUAAUUAAGGGGACAGUGCAUGGGCAUAAUGUAAGAACCCGCAUGUUAACAAGCUACAUGUAAAAGUAUUUCAGGGAGAAUUGAGUACUUCUGGCCCUCCUGAUGUUGUUGGACUGCAGCUCCUUCAGCCCCAGCCAUCAUGGCCAACAAUCUCGAGUGAUGGAAGCGUCAGUCCAGCAACAUGCAGGGGAUCACAUAUCCCCCUCCCCUGGCCACCAGGGUGUGUCCUGCUUAAAAAACAGUCCUUAAAUUCUUCUCAUGGAAAACUACUUGCAUAUCUAAUCCUUCAUAUGUGAUAUAUACACAAACAGGAAAACCCUCAAAAAUUUACAUCACGGUGAUUCCCACAUGCUUUAUUGCGCUAAAGUUUAGAAACGGAUAAAAGUAAACUAACAAAAGCAUUUUUCUUACAAUGUUGCCAUGAUUGUUGCUGCAAAUAUUUCACUUUAUAGGAUAGUAUCCAGUGUCUGCUGUCUUUGAAAAUGUCGGCAUUUCCUCCCCUGAAGCCAAGUGGCUCACAGAAGUGUUUAUAGGUUCAACUCUGCUUUGAAUGUCUAAUCUCUGUAUUUGAUUGAACUCUGUAGAUGCUAAUCGUUGGGACGCAUUCCCCCUUUAAGUUCCCCAUCCAGCUACAAACAGCUGUCAUUUGUCUGCUAUGCCACUUUGCUGCCAACAAAGGCUGGGUGGUUGUUUUUUGUGUUUUUUUGUGUAUCUUAGUCAAUAUUUCUGUAGCAAGACAAACACUUAAACAAACAGGAGGAUUUUCCAAACAUGUGCUGCGGUCUAGUUUAGAGAGAACAAAAGCAUACCAUUCUGUCACACUUCAUGCAAACAGACUGUUAAUCCACUGCUCAGUGAGAGAUGUAUAUAGCAUUGUUUAAGGGACAGUAUAGGAAAACUGCAACUGGCUGCUUCUGACACUUAACAUGUUCUUGCCUUGUUAGCUGUGCCUUAAACACAGCUGGGAUUUUAUUAAGAAGUGGAGGAAGAAAUAUGUAUACUUUUCCUUUUUAAAAAGGACACUCAGGUUUUGAUCUGAUUUGUAUGUGACUCAUUCUCUGUUUUGUACUAAAUGUGAAAUAAUAAACGCAACAAACCCUA